ACCGUUGGUCUUAGCAGUAUUUUGAAUAAAUCCAGCCAGCACAAAACAGAACAGAUGAGUAACAGUUUAAGCAGUUUCUAACGGCUAAAAAAACACCAAUAUAACGGAGUCUAACGGCUAAAAAACCACCAAUUUUUGCCCUAGCGCCCUUGGUCAGUGAUGAGCGUUACUAAAAAAAAUUUAAACGAAUUCCAUGACCGGGCUGUUACUAUUAAAAAUGUGGAACAAAAAGAAGAUAUCCACUUCUGGAGAGAACCAGUGAUGAAGAUCCUGGAAGAAGUAAAAAACAAAGAUGAUCGCUUCAAACUAAAUGUAAUCAAUAGUGGAAGUUAUUACGAAAAAACCAAAGUAAUAGAGCCCAAUGAGUACGAUCUGAUGCUGGACAUGGAAAAACUAACACUUGGUAAAUGCGAUUUGUAUGACAGCGAUGAGGACAAUCUUACUAUGUAUGAUCUUCCGGAUGGUUUCACUACAAUAAUGAUUGACCAAGGAGAAGAAUGUGAGUGGAGGAAGGAUCAGUGUAUUGCCAAGGAGGAACAUCUUCUAAAGGCAACCAAAAUCAAGGCUUUGUUUGCUAAAUAUGUUCGUGAGGCCAUUAAAAAGCUUAACAAUGUCUUUGUGUUGGCCACCAAAAGAGUUGAUUGAYRCCAUAGUUAAAGAUGRAUGUCAUCUUGUUGGUAAAAGACCUAAACCAGCAUCUGCCAAAGRAAGUGAAUACCUCUGGAGGUACUCCUUCUCUGYUGCAGAGAUGAAGCUUGUAUUACRACUAGAGCCAUGCUGGAAGAAGGUACUGCGUAUUCUCAAARCAUUUCGUGAAGAGUAUGUAACGCUGACYCCAUUCACAUCUUAUCACCUGAAGACAAUCAUGUUGUAUGAGAGAGAAGUAAAUCCCGAUUCAUCUUURUGGGCAGAAGAUCAGUUAAACGUAAGAUUUCGACGUGCUCUUGACACGUUAKUAAGUUGUCUAKUGAACAAAAGGUGUCCUCAUUACUUUAUGAAAGAKGUCAAUCUGUUUGAGGAAAAGUUCAGUGACAUACAUUAUGAAAAAUUGAUAUCUCGAAUAACUGAUAUCCAAAAAGAUCCUAAUGCGUUUUUGGAAAAAGUAAUAAAAAAAGUAUCCUAAUCAUAAAUACUUAUUCAGCUAAUUUAUCCUUAAUAGAAGAAUCGUAUGAUACACACCUUGUGAAUCGCUACCAG